UUUGUGCGAAUCGCGAGUGAUUCUAGUGACAUCCAUGAGAAUCUCCAUCAUAUUAUUUGUAUGCAGUUUCUCGCUAAAUCACACAUGAUUUUCUAUUGAUACUAGUGUUAAAUUACUUGCUAAAUAGUUUUAAGUAGUGCCUCAAAAUGAUGAGUGACGACGAUCGUGAUAUUGAUAUAGAAAGUGAUGCUGAAAAUGACUCCGAUUCUCGUACUCAUAGGAAUAGCAGCGGUGGAAGUGGAUACUAUUCCCAGGCGGAAAAGCGAGCACACCACAAUGCACUAGAGCGGAAAAGAAGAGACCACAUUAAGGAUAGUUUUACAUCAUUAAGAGAUUCUGUGCCUGCGUUGCAGGGUGAGAAAGUGGUAUGUAAGGCAAGCAGAGCGCAGAUUUUGAAAAAAGCCGCAGAAUACAUCAUGUUUAUGAGGCGGAAAAAUAACUCCCACCAGCAAGAUAUUGACGACUUGCGGAGACAAAAUAAUCUACUGGAAUCACAGAUUAGAGCUCUAGAAAAAGCGAGAGCAACAGGCAACUACAUGGAUGCACACGAGCUAGGCCUCGGGAUCAAGUCCGAAGGCAGCUCCCAUGACACAGACAGCUCGGACGGAGAAGGCACGACACGACGGGUGAAGAAACUAAAGAUUAACGGUGUUAAUGUUUCAUAAAACUUCAUUUGGACAGUGAGUGUGUAAUGUAAAUUGAACUUAAUGCUCUAAGUUUUAAAGAUUAACUGUGUUUGUAAUAUUUAGGCAUUCACUACUUAAUUGAGAGUAUGAAAACUAAUUGUACAAACAUUUUUCUGUUUAAAAAGUUCAAAUCUUGAAACAGCACAACAAAUUAUUAUGAUUUUUACUAUAUGGAAUAGUUUGAUUUGCAGUAGAAAAUAAAUAAAUACAGACAAUUUUUUGUAAGUCACCAGCACCAUCUGCGCUCAUAAUUUCUUUUUUAACACAAUUUCAAACAAAACUAACAUUUAAUGUAACAUUUCUACAUCCAUCAAUAUACAAAUAUAUAAAUGAUUAACUUUAAAACUUAAAGCAAUAAAACUUAAAUGUUAAUCUGUAUACAUUUUUGAUGGCUAAAACCUUACAAGCCUUCUGCACGGGCGGGACCUUGACAGCGUCUAUGAUAGCACAUUGGAGGUCAAACCAAAGAGAUAGGCCGCGGAACGUUUGUUUGCAUGUGUAGUUUACAGCAAACAGGUAUUGAUUGUAAUAUAGAGGUAAAGUCUAAGAAAAAAAUGUGCCCAUAAGUUUGACAGCUAAACCACUGUCUGGUCAAUGAAUUGUCAAACAUCAAUCUUUGACAACCAGAGUUACAGCUUCCGGUUCGAGCGCCAUCUCGAUUGCUUCGUGAUUAAUUCCUAUUUGCUCAUUAAUAUUGUUUAAGUAUAAUAUCGAUAGCUUAUUAUACAGUAAACAAAUGUGGUAGUGUGCAGUGAAUGGAUAAUUAAUCUUGAAACGCAUUUAACCACCAUUUUGGAGUCAACGGCCGGUAGUCCAAGUGCUACUUGUAAAGUCCAGCUAUCACUUCACAAGAGCUAAUAAAAUCACCGUACACUGUAUUGUACUAGCGGUACAAUUUUAGUCGUAUUUAAAGCUUCUAAUACCUUGAUACUGGCGAAAUAGUCCCACUGGACGGAAGCCAUAAUUUUAAAAGAAUGAAUGAAACCACAGUUACGGAUUCCGACCGACAUAUAUCUACGUCACCUGUCAAAUUCCAAGCCCGAUUUGUCUUAGACUAUACACAUCUUACACAGUCAAUGGAUCUUUGGUUUACGGCGUCUUUAACAAGCUGGCAUAAGGUGGUACCGAAACAACUAUAUACAGUAUGUAACAUAACGAAAGGCAAAGAAAGAGACCAAUAAGUGUUUAGGUCAUACUGAGCAACUUUUACUAUAGGACAAACCCUGAAAUCCCGAAAAAAAUUUGGCUGUAUCAUAGAUUUUGCUGGUCUGAUGUUGAAAUUUCCUAUGGGAGUCAAUUUUUUUUCGCGAUUUAACGAGACUCUUUCUUUGCCUUUCGUUCUAUUACAUAUUGUAUUUUAAGUUAGGCGGAUACUUAAAACUGCGAACGCUACGAGUCAUGGAAAUCACUCGAAUAACAACAAAUAAAAGCGAAGUCGCUACCGCGAACCCGUUCGUUCGUCUAUUUACCUCUCUGUCGCUCGAAUAUACAAAAGUGACAGAGGCACAUGACGAAAUUUCGAUUUUAAAUGCUCGCGGUACGCCCGAAAACUACGACUGUUUGCAGUUCUGGGUCUCUGCCUAUAUACUCAUUAUAAAUUUGCGCCUGGCCGUUGAAUAUGCUGAAGUCGGACCAAACUAACUAUCCAUGGCAUUUGCAAAAACAAAGUGUGUCAUUGUCAUUAAGAGGGUUAGGCCGCGGCCGCCUCUCCAUACAAACGUAGUCCUUAUUUUCCUCUCCAGAUAUUAACAUUAUAAAAAAUAUUUUGACACAAUUUGUUGUAUAUCAACCAAAGCUGAAUUAGUAUAAGAAUUAGGAGCAUUUAAAUUUUUGUUUGAAAUCUGUUUUUCGCUCCUAAUUUUUACACAGAUAAAAAAGUCGAACAUAGGGGCAUAGCUAUGGUUCAUAUACAUCAAAACUAGCGACCCGCCCCGGCUCGCAUGUGUUACACAACUUUAACAAAUUAUACACUUAAACCUUCCUCAAUAAUCAAUCUUUUCUUAGGUGCCGCAUGAAAAUCCGUUCAGUGGUUUUCAAGUUUAUCGCGAACAUACAUACACACAUACACGCGGCCGGGGACUGUUUUACAAGGUGUAGUGAUAUGUAAAAUCAUUUUCCAUAAUGUCAAUAUCCAGAGAGGAAUGCGGGGACUACGUUUGUAUGGAGAAGCGGCCGAGGCCUAUCGUCUUAAUGGUCAAAUUUCUUUGAAAAUAUGAUGUUUUUAAUGACGCCCUCACUUUGUUCUGUCCAAGUCGGCGCAACGUUAGUUUAAACCAAAGAGAAUUUUAAAUAGAUGUGGAUUGUUAAAGAAAAUUUUGUACCUACAGUAAUUUUACUGCCAUCUUUCGACACAUGGUCAAAAACUUUACAACGCUAUUUGAAUUUAAUCCUUAUUAUUUCACUAAUAUGUGUUAAAUUUGUUAAAUAUCAAUAAAUGGCGCCAUCUUAUCUGGCAUAACCCAAAGGUUGUGGCGCCAUUACUCAAAACGAAGCCGCCAAACCUUUGGCCUUUGAUCUAUUAGAUGGCGCCACUUUUUGAUAUUUAACAAAUUAAACACAUAUCAGCGAAGGGAUAUGGAUCAAAGCCAAAUGGCGUUCUAAAAGUUUUAAUCAUGUGUCGAAAGAUGGCAGUAAAUUUAUUGUUGGUACAAAAUUUUCAUUGACAAUCCACCUCUAUUUCAAAUUCUCUUUGCUUAAACGGUACACCAUGAGCGUUGUUCUCUCUAGUUACUAAGCUAGGUUAACUCUAAUUUGUUAAGUAAUGAAUAUUCUAAUUGAAUUUUCUGCGAAACAGUUUGCGACUAAUCGUUGAAUGUUAUAUUUUUGUACAUUUUGAAUACAUCGGAAUUUUUAAGUUUGUGUGAACAGUUUCGUCAUUAAAAUUAGGUAGUCAUUAACGUAAAAUUAAUUGUAAUAUGUCGGGGUACCUGGACGAUAAACGGGCGUAUUUUUAUUUUGUUGUCAGUAAAAAAAUAGAUUCGACGUCGAUGAGCUAAACAUUUUUGUCGAAUCUAUAAGGUCAAUGUGGAUAAGACCGGCAUAUAAAAUGUAUUGCUGGGAAGAUCGUCGUAGGGCAAGAACUGACGUAUUUGUAUACGUUCUUGGCUGACGCAAUCAGAAAGGAAGAGCCUUUCUUUUUGCUCUACUGACCUUCUGUACGUUGACUGUGUACAAAUUUCUGAAGUUUUGUGAAUGAUGAACAUGAUGAUAGUGAUAUUCAUAUAAUUAGUUCUUUCAAUUUUGUCAAAAAGUAAAAAGAAAAGAUCAAGGACCUGUAGUAUGGCAAAUCAAUUUUGGCGGUACAUUUGAAAAAAGUUAUCUGGUUGGUUCAGUUGAACCUAAAAUGUGACUGUUCUUAAAUGAAAUGAUUGUAGAUGGCGAAAUUGGUUAUUUGGAAGCCCUAAGAGCGACGAAAGAGCUUGUAGACGAUCUUCUCCACACUGGCCUUCCUAAAAAUGACAUCAAGGUAAAAAUAUAGUCAGAUAACAGAUUAGUCGGAUUUUAAGAAUAUUCACGUAAUUUUAUAGCUAUUUGUAAGAAGUCUUCUUGGACACUUUUAUGUUCAUUUACGAAUGAAUGCUUUUAUUUUUUACGAUUUAUGUUUAUAUUUUAAUUGCACUGUGCAAUAUUUUUGUCAAUAUUUUAAUGCGUAUUUAGGUUUAUCCAAUUACUUUCAAAUUUUGGAAGAUUUACAGAAUCUAAAGAUUGUACCUACCGCACAUAGCUAUUUAGUGAAUUCUUUUAUAUUGGCAACCUAUUGAAAAGUUUAUAUAGUAUUAAUAAUAUUCAGAUGGAUAUAGUUUUCCGUCACGUAUACUAAUUCACAAUAGUUUAUAGUUAUCAUGUUAUCGGAAAAAUACCUUCAAAAUCCCUACUAUAUAAUGUGCAAAUUUUGCUUCUGAUGUCCAAUUUUUCCUCUUAAAUAUUUGUUUGCUAUAAUAACUUCAGAAUUACAAACUUUUGGUAUUGUUUUACAUACUUAAGUACGAUUCCCACGGAACGGGCGGAGUCGGAGCGCAAUUUACAUUUGUACGGCCGGUACGGUACUUAUUUUUAGAAUUGUUUUUUUUUUUUUAACACUAGCUUAUAGCUAUGCUAUCGGGUUUCUCAAUUCAAAAUUUCGUGUUCCACGGGACACCCUUUACUUUGUGUCUAUUAGACACAUUUAAAUAGCGCUCCAGCGCGGCCCGACUCCAGCCGGUCGGUGGGUAUCGUACAUUACUUACCAUGAUAAGGUAGUAUUCAAUAUUUUUUGUAUACUGAUAUUUAAGCAAGUUGUUUUUGUAAUGAUACUGUGAACGGAGAAUGUGUGGAGGUCGAGGUCAUGCGAGUAUGUAUUUUUUUAGCUUACUGUUUUUCAACUUGACGUUUUUAUGUUUAUUGAAAUGAUUUAAUUUAAUUUCGGCGCACCUUUCUCGCAUCAAAUAGAGUGCCAGCGAGAUGGACUGAAAUUAAAAUAAAAUUGGUAUCGUAUUUAUGAAAUCAGAAUGUACCUCUUACUUGUUGUGUAAAUACUAAGGAAAUUCCAAAAUUCACCCAUAAGUCCAUCAUAAUAGAGUCUAUUUUCGGAAUUACCCGACAUUUUAAAGUGUUUGGACUUACCCGGAUACCUUACAUGUCCUAUCAUGUAGAUAGUAUAAACAGGGCCCCCUACGCUCGGUUUCAGACUAGCGUUUUAUACGUGCGUAUAAACUCGUUUUUUCAAGUGCGUGUAUACGCGUAUAAGCCAAGUGUAGAGAAAUGUUGCGCGCGGGUAAUGUCGAAACUAUCGUAUACGCGCAGAAACAUGCUAAUGUGAAACCGUAUAGGGCAAUGCAGUGUUGUUCACGCGGUGGGAAGGUACGCAAUAACAAAUAUUACUUUGAUAUUUGUAAAACAGCAAUGGAUAGUCGUAGUGCAACUUUAAGUUUUGUUCUGGAAGACUAAAUACCUAAUUAUAAUAUAGAGAAUACUCUGUUAA